CCCUCUCCGUAUUAUUCCCUUCUCCCUUUCUCUCAAACCACUCUAAUACAUUCUCUUCCCUCUGUUUCCUUUCUAUCUCAUCUUUUUCCUUCCAAUUUCGUACAAUUCUAUGGCCACGGUUGCUUGUCAAGGUCAACAAUUAUGUCUUGAGUCUCAGCUAGUGGAGUCAAGAACUCUAUGGCUCAAAUUAGCUUCACCUAGACCUCCUUUCACCCAACCCCUUGAAUUAUCCUUCAAAUCUUGUUCUCUUGAAUCCAACACCAAAGAGGAAAUGGAAGGGAAUUGUUUUCAUGAGGAAAACAGAGGGAAAACUACUAAUUUUCCGACUCCUGAAAUGGGUGGUUGGAGUUUCCUCCAAGCUCUCUCCAUUACUUCCCAAAGCUCCGGAGAGAAAACAGAGAAGGAAAACACUUAUGUUCAUCCUAUGAUGAAGCGGUCCUUGUCCACUCUAAGUGAGAAAAGCGUGGAAUUAUGCACGGAGAAUUUGGGAAAUGAGACUGGCAGUGACAUCAAAGAGAACAACAUUUUCUUAUUGUCUUCUUCAUCAGAGGAUAGUGGAGUGGUUAAUUCUCCAGUGAGGGAGCAGCUGAAACACUGUCAAGUACCAGGAGCUAAGAAACCAAUUUGCCGUGAGUUCCCACCGCCCUUGACAACAAGAAGUGGAUCAGAGUCUCUCCAAGUCAGGCCCCACCGCGAGGAUGGGCGGCUGGUCAUCAAAGCCGUGAAGGUCACAUCACAAAAGUCUAUCUUUCAGGCUGAAAGAUCCAAUGGCCGCCUCCGCCUGAACCUUUGGAAAGAUUAUUCCGCUCCUGGUUUUGACUCAGAAGAAACCGCCCACAGAGAAAGUGAGGGAUUAAGCAUUGAAGUCCAAAAGGAAGAAGAGUUUGAAAGCAAUGGAAACAUUGAAGAAGAAGAAGAAGAAGAAGAAGAAGAAGAAGAUGAGUGGGACACAGAUGGAGACAGCUUGGAAAUGGGGGGUGAAAUGGGAAUGGAAAAGAUCCAAAGGCCAGGCAGGUGCAAAGAAGGUGAGCAUGAGAAGAAGGGACUGAUGAAUUGGGCAUUUUGGGUGGCUACAUAACUUUCAAAAGUUUUAUUUUGGAGGCUUUGUUUCUCCAUAAUCAUAGUUUCUUACAAUUUCUAGACUGUCCUUUUAUCCUUUGUCCCACCUUUUUUAUUGGAAUUCCUUUGUUUCCAAAGAGAACAUGCUUGUUGUGGUUAGGCAGUUAUUAUCGUUA